AUGAUUAGCAUUCUCAGAACCUUUUUUUGCUUGCUUUGUGGAUCUCGUAAAGAACGAUAACUAUUGAUGUUAACAAUACAAGACUAAAAUCACAAUAUGUAUUACAUUAAAGCUAAGCCCAACAUGAAAAUAGAGGAGGUUAAAACAAAAUGUGGCAUUGAAUCAGAGAGAUCUUCAUUAUUUCUUGAAAAAACAUUGUUAGAUGACGAGGCGGAGUUGAAAGAGUAUGAAAUUACUUCAGAUACUCAUUUAACUUUGCUUGUACAUACAGAAAUCGAAUCAUGA